AAACAAACUUUCCAAUUAAACAGACUUCAGAAACCUGUCUCAUGAGUCAUGAACGUUGUUGUAAUAAUAAUAUUACAAAAUCAAGAAACAACAUAAUUCACUAAACAAAAAUAAAGUAAGUAAGAAAAAGGAAAUUAAAAAAAGAAAGAAAGAGACAGUAGGCUCAACUCAAUCAAAAGCACCAAACCAAAGUUACCACCAAACUUCAUCAUCAUCACAAAGAGAGAAAGAAAGAAACAGAGCCAUGGCAGAGAAAGAGAAGAAAACAAAAAAGAAGAAGAAGAAAGAGAAAGAGAAGCACCAGCAACAAUCUUCCUCCUCCUCAGACAUAUCUUUCAAACCUUCCUCCGACGUUAAAGGUCUCAAAUUCGGCGGCCAGAUCAUCGUCAAAUCAUUCACAAUCCGACGAGCAAGAACGCUCGAGCUUCUCAAACUCCUCUCCUUACCUUCUUCAUCAUCCCCGCCGCUUCUUUCUACGGCGGCUUAUCUCCCGACGAACUUCACAAUCCUUGCGCACCACGCUUGGCACACGCUAACCCUCGGUCUCGGAACAAAGAAAUCAAAAGUGGUGGUGUUCGUAUUCGAAACAGAGGCGAUGAAGUCAUCGGUUGUUGCGGCGGAGGGAGGAAUCUGGCCGACGGAGAUACCGCUCGGAGAUGUGAACAAGAAGAUGAUCAGAAAGAUAAAGAAGUGGGAGAUGGCGAGGUUCAAGUUCAGGAAAGGAUGUAUAACGUUUUACGUAUACGCGGUGAGAAACGCCGGGAAAGAAGGGUUUGAGGCGGCGGAGGACUUGAAGGUAAUAUUACAAGCGGUGGUGGCUUUGAAAGACUUCAUGGAUCACACCGCAAUGCUUGUAAUGCCCCACCAGAAAAGUAUUAAUUACAACUCUUGUCCUCCUCCUUUUGCCAUGGCUCACUAAGUAAAAUACACACUUUCAACUAUACCAUUCAACUCUUAUUAAUUGGGAUGCCUCUCUUUUUUGUU